UAUUGCAUGAGGUGUCAAGAGUGAACAGAGACUCAUGGUGCCGCUGUAGGCUAGCACAAAAGUAGCACAGACAUCUCCUCCCACUCUCACUGCAUUAAAGUCGCUUGUCAUUUCUAAGAAGAAUCCCUCCAUUCCACGACUGUUUUCCAUCCUGUUGUUGUUUAUAGUUGUAAAAUGUUGGAUUAUUGACUCUGUUUAGGAAUUAUAUAUAUGUAUAUUUUGUCUGUGCAGUCAUUUGUACAAGCAGUGGACGUGUUUUUCGGAGGAUGGGAGACAAAGGAUUUUCAGCGCUUCGUCCGGUUCUCUGCUUCGCUUCCUUUAUUGUAACGCUGCACCUCGUUAAUGGAGAUCUGAGUUAUUCUAUUCCAGAAGAGAUGAAACGCGACUCUGUUAUUGGAAAUAUAGCCAAGGAUCUCGGUCUGGAUCUGAGGACCUUAUCUUCACGAAAGGUCCGUGUUGAUUUUGAGGGAACUCGUAAGCGGUACUGUGAUAUCAAUCUGAGUACCGGAGAUUUGAUCACAUCAGAAAUAAUUGACAGAGAAAGCCUUUGUGGAAAGAAACCGUCGUGUGUUUUAAAAGUGGAUCUGGUGUUAGAGAAUCCUCUGGAGCUUCAUCGACUAAGUCUUCAUAUUCAAGAUGUAAAUGACAACUCUCCGAAAUUCAAAAAGAAUCUCAUUGAAAUGGAAAUAAGAGAGUCUUCUGAAAAGGGCAACCGCUUCUCUAUCGAGGAGGCCCAUGACGCAGAUAUAGGUCAAAAUGCUAUUCAAAGGUACAACCUUCAAAAGAAUGACAACUUCAUUCUCGCUGUUGACAGCAACAAGGUUGAGCUGGUACUGGAGAAUAAACUCGAUCGAGAGAAACAAAGAGAGUUGAAUUUGCUUCUCGCAGCAUUAGAUGGUGGCUCUCCUCAGAGAUCAGGUACUGUAGUCAUACACGUCACUGUGUUAGAUGCUAAUGAUAACGCCCCAGUGUUCAACCAGGCCGUUUAUAAAACCAGUCUGCCUGAAAACUCUCCUCCAGAUACCAUAGUGAUUAGUGUUAGUGCUACAGACGCAGAUGAAGGAGUGAAUGGAGAUGUGACAUAUGACUUCGGCCAUGUAUCUGAUGAAGAUAUAAAUGUAUUUUCUAUUGAUCCUAAAACCGGAGAAAUUAGAGUAACUGGUGUGAUUGACUUUGAAGAAAUUAGUUCUUUUGAAAUGAGAGUGCAAGCUAAAGAUGGUUUAGGGCUAACCUCUUACGCCAAAGUUAUAAUAGAUGUUACUGAUAUAAAUGACAACGCCCCGGUGAUAUAUUUAAAAUCACUCUCUGACCCCAUACCUGAGAACGCGUCACCUGGUACAGAGGUGGGCAUCAUUAACGUGCAGGACAGAGACUCUGAGAGUAACGGACAGGUCCGCUGCUCCAUUCAGCAAAACGCCCCCUUUAAGUUGGUUCCUUCUAUUAAAAACUAUUAUUCUCUGGUGACCACAGGACAACUGGACCGUGAACUAGUGUCUGAUUACAACAUUACAAUCACCGCCACUGACGAGGGCUCUCCACCUCUGUCCUCCUCUAAAACUGUUCAGUUAUCUGUAGCAGACAUCAACGACAACCCACCGGUGUUUGAGGAACAGUCCUACAGCGCAUAUGUGACUGAAAAUAACAAACCUGGCUCCACUUUAUGUUCCGUUAGUGCUCGAGACCCCGACUGGAGACAACUUUUCACUAUCGGUGUCCACAGCGGAGAGAUCAGGACCCAGCGGGACAUUUCUGAGUCUGACAGCAUGAAACAGAACCUUAUUGUGGCAGUGAAAGAUAACGGACAGCCCUCUCUCUCUGCCACCUGCUCCAUGUAUUUACUUAUUUCUGAUAACUUGGCUGAGGUGCCAGAACUGAAGGACAUUUCUUAUGAUGAGAAGAACUCCAAGCUGACGUCAUACCUGAUCAUCGCGCUGGUGUCUGUGUCCACCUUUUUCCUGACCUUCAUUAUCAUCAUCCUGGGUGUGAGGUUUUGUCGCAGGAGAAAGCCCAGACUGUUGUUUGAUGGAGCAGUCGCCAUCCCCAGCGCUUAUCUCCCUCCUAAUUACGCAGAUGUUGACGGCACAGGAACUUUACGCAGCACUUACAAUUAUGACGCCUACCUGACAACGGGUUCUAGGACCAGCGACUUUAAGUUCGUGUCAUCUUACAAUGACAACACACUGCCUGCUGACCAGACUCUGAGGAAAAGUCCGACUGACUUUGCUGAUCCCUUCGAAGAUUUAGAGGAGUCUGUAGAGGUAGGAACCUUUUAAAAUACUUCAAAUGUAACAAUCAGUUCUCGGCUUGUUAAUUGAGUCUCUCUGAUGUGUGUAUCGCUGAAGCAUGUGUUUAUGUCUCCGUGAUAUUCAAGGGAUUGAGUUGUUGUUGAAGCAAAGUGUUUGCAGAAUGCAGGGAAACCCUUUAGCUUUGGGCUGCGCUUACUUUAUAAUUGUGGUAGCAAAUGUUUAUAUAUAUAUAUAUAUGUUUUCUUAAAACGUAUAUAUGCUUCUUGUCUUUCAAAAGCACGGCAUUCCUCACUUAGUGUAUAAUUGUCAAACGUUAAUUUUAUUUUAUUUUUCGUAUUAAUGAACACAUUGGCUUAGUUGGCACUGCCAUUUUGAUUGAUUCUUUUGAGGUGGU